AUGGACAGUUGUUUUGUAGAUAUAACAGUAGAAUUCCUCGCCGUGGCGUUUCAUAGUAUCCUUUACUACGCUUCAGUUUAUCCAAAAAGUAUAUUUGAGACAAGGAAAAAAUACAGUAUCGUAGUUUACCGAUCGAUACAUCCAGAAGUUAAUCAGUACAUUGAUUUGUGCCUAAAAGCUAUAGCAGAGAACUUAAAAAGUGGACAGUUAAAACGUCUAGAGUUUGCGAUAACUGAUAACGACUAUAUGCCAGUUUUAAAAUUUGUGUUUGAUUUUGAUUCUGUGAAUAAUUUUGAUGAAACUGUAGAUGCUUAUUUAGUGCAAACUGAACAAAAUAUUCGCGCAUUUUGUUUACAUUUAACCACAGUUAAUCAUAAGUUUAAUGAUUUACCAGAUGAUAGAAGUUUCACUAUAUUUAUACAUACAAAUGAAUCAACAGCAGUGAGUUUGGCAACAAAUCCAGAUCUUGAAGAUUUUCCUUUAAUAGAAGUUAAGGAAAGUUUUGAGGAAUGUAAAAAUAAAAUAUUGCCUUUGAGAAGAUUUUUAGUAAGAAAUUGUUAUAUAGAUACAUAUAUUGAACUAAUAAAUGAUUUA